AAAACCAACCGCCGUUCCCAUGCGCCAUGUUCUGCUCUUUGUCCUCCAUCACACCCAUCUGCUCGUCGUCCUCCAUCGCACCCGCCUGCUGCAGUCCGCAUGAGCACAGAGCCCAAGCCCAUCGCCGCCAAGACCCUCAUCGAGCUGCCCCCCGAUGCCACCGUCCUGGUCGAUGACCAGGGCGGCAUCUACUACUCGCUUGGCCCCGGUUCGUCGACCCUGGUCCCUGUGUCGCUGCCUGUUGCCGAGCCCAUCUCGCCCCCAACCAGCCCCCGCACCUUGGCCCGGUCGCUCUCGAGGUCGCAGUCGCUGGAUACCCUUGGAGCUUCAGCGCCGUUGCCUGGCCAGUCGCCUCCGUCAGCUGUCUUCAGUACCAUGAUCGCCCGUCGUCCGUCGGCGCUGCCCGAGGGCUCUCCCCGGGCUGUUCCGAACCAAGCCGCCUUCUCUCCCCAGCUUGCUCGCUCCAAGAACCCAUCAUCCGAGAGCCCACGCCGGGCACCUCCAUCUCCCGCGGCCAGCAGAACUCUCGACCAGCGCCAUCGCAGUCCCAUCGCAUCGAGAACCCGCCCGAUACCGACCCGUCAGCAGUCGCCAGCCGCCUCCACCGGCAGCUUCGGCUCUCCGCCAGGACUUUCGGAUCUGCUUAGCUCGACGACCAGAGGCGUACCCGUCCCGCGACAGUCCCGGACAGCCUCAACAUCGGGCUCAAGCGCCUCCCGCUCACCGAGAGCCCCGUCAAUGUCCAGGAACAACUCGGUCCAGCACAACCAGGCGCUGGCACUUUCUUCGAGCGAGCGGACCCAGCAGCAUCGACACCGGCACUCGGUCAGCGACAUCCCCAUGCGUCCGCUCUCGGCCAUGAGCACAUCGUCGCAUGCAUCUUCGUCGCUGGGACCGCGGUCCCGUAGCAACAGCGCGGCUUGCGAGCACAACCCGAACGAGCCCUGGUCAAGGUCGUCUGGCUCAUCUCGCCAACGGCCAAUUUCGCUGCUUGGGGAGCGGCCGUCGUCCCGCAACCCGCAUCUUACCCAUGUAGCCCACGCCCGAGGUGAGUGUUGCAGCGUCUCGGUCAGGGCGCAGACGAAUCGCUCGGCUUGCGAGACGAAUGCUGAGGGCACGACGCCGAGCGCAUGGGGCGUCUCGAGCCACCGUCAUCAGGAGUGUGAUGGGAGUGGUCGAUGCAUGUGCGCAGAGCCGCCCGGAUGUCGAGAGACCAGCGGUACUUGAGCGAGACUUGAGGGUGGAUGUCGGCAGUCCAGCAACAUGGCAGGCAAAUGUCGCUGCAAACCACCUGACGGACAGUCGUGCUGAUAUCGAUCGGCUUUCCUCAGAUAACUUG